UACUAUAUUCUGGCAAAGCAGGGAAUCUAAUCUAAUUUCCAAGAUCCAAUUCCACUGUAUAUUUCAUGUUCAUUCAUAGGAUGAUAGUCCUGGAGAUUUCUUGCAAUUCUAUGAAUCUUGAAAUAUUAUUGAGACAUCAACAUCACUAUCUUCAGUGAGUUUUUGUAUCGUUAUUGAGAUGAAUAUCUUCAGACGCUUACUCCCCACAAAGUUUGGGUUCAAAAUAUCCAAGAAUUCGUGUAAUGCAUGGGGCAUUUAUAGUAUCCAUUCGUCCCCGGAUUGUGUGGUGGAAGUACAUUCCCCGGAGCAGGAAGUAAUAAUUGCUUUGGGAAGUAAUGUGGGAAACAGACUUCAGAAUUUUGAUGAAGCAUUGCACCUAAUGAAGAAAUCAGGUAUACAAAUUACCAGGCAUGCUUGCUUAUACGAGACGGCGCCUGCUUAUGUAACUGAUCAGCCUCGGUUUCUGAAUUCUGCUGUUAGAGGUGUCACGAAACUAGGGCCUCACGAGUUGUUGGGAGUGCUCAAGAAGAUCGAGAAGGACAUGGGUCGUACAACUGGAAUAAUAUAUGGUCCUAGACCUAUCGACUUGGAUAUUCUGUUUUAUGGGAAAUUCAAGAUUCAUUCUGAGAUACUUGACGUUCCGCAUGAAAGAAUCUGGGAGAGACCAUUUGUGGUGGCACCUUUGAUUGAUUUACUCGGUUCAGACAUAGAUAGCGAUACAGUUGCACGGUGGCAUUUAUUUUCAAAACAUUCAAGCGAUCUUUUUGAAUUGUGGGAGAAACUAGGAGGUGAAUCUCUUGUAGGAAAAAAUGGGAUGAAAAGGGUAUUGCCAGUUGGAAACAACCUAUGGGACUGGUCUUCGAAAACCUCCGUUAUGGGUAUUCUGAAUUUGACUCCGGACAGUUUUAGUGACGGUGGGAAGUAUCUAUCUGUAGAAGCAGCAGUUUCCCAAGUUCGUUUAAUGCUCUCAGAGGGUGCAGAUAUAAUUGAUUUUGGUGCACAAUCUACACGUCCAAACGCUUCAAAGAUAUCCGUUGAAGAAGAAUUAGAUAGACUAAUUCCUGUUAUAGAGGCCGUUAACAAGAUGCCCGAGGUUGAGGGGAAGCUUUUAUCUGUGGAUACCUUCUAUUCAGACGUUGCUUCAGAAGCAGUCAAGAAUGGAGUUCAUCUUGUAAACGAUGUAUCUGGUGGACGGUUGGAUUCCAAUAUGCACAAUGUCGUUGCAGCACUUCGAGUACCCUUUAUAGCAAUGCAUAUGAGAGGCGAUCCGUCUUCCAUGCAAAAUCCCGAGAACUUGCAGUACAACGAUGUUUGUAAGGACGUGGCAUUUGAACUUCAUGAGAGGCUCAAGGAAGCAGAGUUAGCCGGUAUUCCUGCUUGGAGGCUAAUAAUUGAUCCAGGAAUCGGAUUCUCCAAAAAUACUGAACAUAAUUUGGAUAUUCUAACGGGUUUGACAACCAUCCGAAGUGAGAUUGCAAGGAGGAGCUUGGCGUUGUCUCGUGCACCCUUAUUGAUUGGACCUUCCAGAAAGAGAUUCCUAGGCGAAGUCUGUGCUCGCCCUGCUGCAGAUGAACGAGAUCCAGCAACUGUUGCUGCUGUAACGACAGGGGUUCUGAAUGGUGCCAAUAUUGUAAGAGUACAUAAUGUUCGAUAUAAUGCAGACGCGCUUGGGCUGUGUGAUGCGUUAUUGGAAAGGAAACAGUAUGCUUAGAUAUAACAGUUAACACGAGCUAUGUUUUGUUUUCUCAUUGUAAAACAUCUAUCAGUCUGAGAUUUGUGUUUUUUGCCAAGAACUCAAAGCUGAAAUGAUAUAACCAGAAAGAGCAAAGUUUUGUGAGUGAAACAUUUUACUUGAAAGUUGACUAGUUCCUUGAUUCAUUUGCUUCCUUUCGGUUCCCAAGUUUGUAAAACGUAUAUGAGAUUCGUUUUUUACUUUUAUGUAUUUUUGGUUCUCCCUUUACCA